AUGGCACUGCUUGUGCCGGCGCUGCCUCGUGGCCUCUGUGUCUUGGACAUGAGUGGCAACCAGAUCAAGAAUGCUGGGCUCGCGCUCCUGAGAGCGGACGCGAUGCCGCGGCUGCGUGGACUGCAUCUCAAGAACAAUGCGUUUAGCAACGAAGGCGCGCGGCGCUUUAGCAAAGGACUCUCGCAGUGGUCGGUGCUCACGGAGCUGAGCUUUCUCGGCCGCGACAUGGACAUGUACGGCAUCCUCAUGCUGCUGACGGCGCUGAGCCGCUGUCCACAGCCGCUGCUGCGCCUCGACGUCGGUGGUCCGUGCUGCCGACGCGCCAACGACACGGUCAAGAUCUCGGAGGCGGCUCGGAAGCUCGGCCUCAUCGAUCGGAAGCCCGUCUUUCAGAAGCGGAUGCGAACCCAGCGACUGACCUUUUCGUACUAGUCGCAUUUUCUGUAUUGCAUGUCGUGUGAUUGUGGUUCAACAUUGUCAUCUCUCAACAA